AUGGCACCUGAAAUAAUUCUAAAAUAAAAUUACAAUUAUUGUGUUGACUAUUAUGCAAUAGGUGUAAUAUGUUAUGAAAUGAUCACUGGGAAAAGACCUUAUCUUGGUAAAACUAAAAAAGAAAUACGUGAUGAAAUGCUGGGCAAAUAAGCUUAAUUAAAUGUCAAAGAGUACUUGUAGUAUUCAUUCAAUCUAAUUGAAUUUACAAAUAAAUUGUUAGUGAGAAAAUAAUAAAAUCGAUUGGGUUAUUAAAAUGGGAUCAAAGAACUUAAAAAUCACAAAUUAUUCCACUCAUUUUAAUGGGAAAAAUUGAUAAACAAGACAAUGAUUGCUCCAUAUCAACCUAAAUAAGAAGAUAGGAAUAGACCAUAUCAAUAGACGAAUGAUUCCCAGCAAACAAUAUUUAACGAAUAACUGAAAUAACUUAAAUUUAAAGAAAUCCAAAUGCUUUUUGAUGGAUACACAUAUUAAACUGAAGACAAGAUUAUUUGA